CACUUCCGCAAGUGUUUAUACUGCAUUUUACAAACGGAACACGGUGAAAAGCCUUUUUUCCUCAUGCAUAUUAGAAAACGCGAGGAUCAUCACUCUCCUUCCAUUGGGAGGAUCCAGUUAAUGCAGGACAACACUUAUGAAUCAUAUUCCGCAUUCGUUUACUGGGGGGGGAAAGUGGUGAAAAUGAAACUUUUCCUAAAUGUACUCUCAGUGACUUUGUUUUUACUCGACCAUGCUGCAUCUGGUGUUGAGACAAACAGAGUCUCGGUGUCAGUGAGGGAGGGAGAUUCAGUCACUCUACACACUGGUGUUCAAACAGACCAACAAGAAGAUAUUAAAUGGUAUUUCAGUGGCACUCGCAUCGCUCAAAUCAGUGGAGAUCUCAGUUAUAUCUGUACAGAUGUUCAGUGUAAUGAAGGAACUGAGAGAUUCAGAGACAGACUGAAGCUGGACAAUCAGACUGGAUCUCUGACCAUCACAAACCUCACAAACACAGACUCUGGACUUUAUAAACUAGUGGUAAUCAGCACCAGCAGUGAUAGUGAAACGAUGUUUUAUGUUUCUGUCAUUGGUGUUUCUGCUGCUGAACAAGAUAAAGUGAAUGAGGGAGAAUCUGUCACUUUAGAUCCUGGUGAAACUAAAAGCCCAAAUGAUACAGUGAAGUGGUAUUUUAAUGACAUUCUCAUCGCUGAAAUCACUGGAGAUCAGAGUGAGAUCUGUACAGAUGAUCAGUGUGAUGAGAGAUUCAGAGACAGACUGAAGCUGGAUCAUCAGACUGGAUCUCUGACCAUCACAAACACGAGAACCACAGACUCUGGACUUUAUAAACUACAGAUCAGCAUCAUCAGCAGUAGCUUCAGUUUUAGGAGGGUCAAGAGUUUCAGUGUUUCUGUCACUGAUUCAGGUCUGUCUUCAGCUGCUGCAGCAGGAGUAUGUGCUGCUGUUGUUCUGCUGAUGGCUGCAGCUGGAUGUUUUGUUGUGGUUUACCUUCGCCGCAGAAGAUACAGACAAGCAGCACAGAAUAAGGAUGAUGAUGAUCCAAAAGAGAUUCCUUCGAGGUAUGGGAUGGCCUUAAAUCAGACUCAGGCCUAGGCUUCUAAGUCAACAAUGUAGCAUAAUUCAUAAUUUUGAUACUUUAAAAAGGGACACUUAAGAGAAUUAAGAAAUGAUGAAGAGAAGAAGAUCGUCUGAAACUCUCGUCAUUUACAAAGUGAUGCCAGGACAUUUUCUGUUGCAUGUCUGUUGCACUAUGUAUACAGUUUAAGGUGUGGUUGGUAUUUUUUUUCAAAAACGCUUUAUAUAAAAAAAGAGUAGGGCCGAGUACCAAAACAAACUUGUAGCCAAUCAGCAUUAAGGGUGUGUCUACUCAUGAUGUCGAGGAGAAAGCGUUUAGCGCACAGGACGGACAUUAGCCAAGCUGAGCCACGACAGAAAGAUAGAGAUGGUGAUAAAAUCAGAAGAAGAAAACGUCUUUGAAACAAAAGAAGGCUUAUGAUAAGGCAAGAAGUAGGAGUAGAAGUAGAAGUAGCUUUCCAGCGCUAGAGAGAACUCAAGGAGCGGGAAGUCCUGGGAUCGGACAACAAGGUUGUUUUGUUUCUUCUUUAUAGUUGAGUAACAUUGGUUUUGCUUUGUUUCACAGAUCUAAUAGAUGUUUACUUUUGCUUAGA